CAGCCAGUGAAGAAUCCAGCCUGCCAAACAAGACUGAGUUUGGGGUCAGGAACCGGUCUGACAAGAGAAUGGCAGUCCUGCACGUAAACUGUCAAUAGGACUGUAUAUUUGAGGAUGAACAUACCAGAACACUGGUUCCAAAGUCGACACACCGAACAAGAGAAUGUCAAGACAUAUUUCAGGAGAUUGUGAGUGUCACUAAAGAUGUCCGAUAGAGUCGAUAUUGAAGAGAAACCGCCAGCCCCUCCCUUGAGAAUGAACAGUAGUUCCCGAGACUCUACAUCAGUGAAUCACGGUUCCAAACCUCUCCCAAUGGCUCCUGAAGAGAAGAACAAGAAGGUCCGCCUGCGCUCCAUCUUCCCUGGAGGAGACAAGACGAACAAGAAGAAGGAGAAGGAGCGCCCUGAGAUCUCCCUGCCCUCAGACUUUGAGCACACCAUCCAUGUUGGCUUUGAUGCUGUUACAGGGGAGUUCACUGGCAUCCCAGAGCAGUGGGCGCGGCUCCUUCAGACCUCCAACAUCACCAAGCUGGAGCAGAAGAAGAACCCUCAGGCCGUGCUGGACGUGCUCAAGUUCUACGACUCCAAAGAGACUGUCAACAACCAGAAAUACAUGAGCUUCACCCCCGGAGACAAGUCAGCACAGGGAUACAUUGCAGCCAACACUCUGAACCGACUGCUGUCGUCUGGGCCUCCUGUCAGCCUUAGAACCUGCAGUGCAUUAUUUGACAAGGGUGCAAAGACAUCCACAGACCCCCCUAUAGCACCCCCUGUGUCAGAGGAGGAGGAGGAGGAGGAGGAAGAGGAGGAGGAGGACGAUGAUGACGAUGAGCCACCACCCAUCAUCGCACCUCGACCUGAGCACACUAAAUCUAUCUACACCCGCUCUGUCAUCGAGCCCUUGGCGCCUCCCACCCCUGUGAAGGAGGUCACAACCCCGCCAGAGUCCCAGGUCCAGCCGGAGAACACGUCCAGCACUCUGUACCGCCACACCGAUCGGCAGAGGAAGAAGUCCAAGAUGACAGACGAGGAGAUUCUGGAGCGACUUAGAAGCAUUGUGAGUGUGGGGGACCCCAAAAAGAAGUACACACGCUUUGAGAAAAUAGGACAAGGGGCAUCUGGCACUGUGUACACAGCCAUUGACAUUGCUACUGGCCAGGAGGUGGCCAUUAAGCAGAUGAACCUCCAACAGCAGCCUAAGAAGGAGCUGAUCAUCAACGAGAUCCUGGUGAUGAGGGAAAACAAAAACCCCAACAUAGUCAACUACCUGGACAGUUACCUGGUAGGGGAUGAGCUAUGGGUGGUGAUGGAAUACCUGGCUGGAGGUUCACUGACUGACGUGGUGACUGAGACCUGCAUGGACGAGGGCCAGAUCGCUGCAGUCUGCAGAGAAUGUCUGCAGGCUCUGGACUUCCUGCACUCCAACCAGGUGAUCCACAGAGACAUCAAGAGUGACAACAUCCUGCUGGGCAUGGACGGCUCAGUCAAGCUCACCGACUUUGGGUUCUGUGCCCAGAUCACCCCAGAGCAGAACAAGCGAAGCACCAUGGUGGGCACGCCCUAUUGGAUGGCACCCGAGGUCGUGACCCGUAAGGCCUAUGGGCCCAAGGUGGACAUCUGGUCCCUGGGUAUCAUGGCUAUAGAGAUGGUGGAGGGAGAACCUCCCUACCUGAAUGAGAACCCUCUCAGGGCUCUGUACCUAAUCGCCACCAACGGGACUCCAGAGCUGCAGAACCCUGAGCGUCUGACCUCCGUGUUUAGAGACUUCCUCAACCGCUGCCUGGAGAUGGACGUGGACCGCAGAGGCUCAGCCAAGGAGCUCCUCCAGCAUUCAUUCCUGAAGUUAGCCAAGCCCCUGUCCAGCCUGAGCCCUCUGAUUGUAGCAGCCAAGGAGGCCAUAAAAAACAGCAGCCGCUAGAGGGCGCCAUGUGUCCACACACAGAGCUGGACCCUGCUCCAUGGUGUUGUGUGACAGAGAGACAGCACAAGGACAGACCAGUAACCAACCCCCCUGAUGC